CAGCCCAAGAAAAGCCAACCAUUCCUUUUGCUUCGUUCGGUUCCACUAAUCCCAAGCCUAGUGAACAUAUUAGCCGCAGAUGGUCGAUGUUGACGCAGCAGGUUUGCCGUCAAACGCCAAGGAUGGAGCGUCUCCCUCUCCUGCAGCGCAUCGCCGAGCACCCAUCGCAUGACAGCCAACAUUGAACCGUCCACCUUUCAGCGGGCCCCUCCCGACCAACACAGAUCUUCCCUCGUGAAUUCUUUGAUCCGACGGACAACAACCGCUGCUCUGCCCCCACGAUCAUUCCCUCGCCCACGCUCACAUCGCACGCAAAGCUCCCUCCUCCUCUUCUCUUUUACUCCCAAAAUGUUAUCCGUACGUCUUCUCGUCACCCGGUCACUUGCAAGUUUUGGAACUGGCGGAGGAAGGCAUGAGGGGUCCAAAGGGCCCUGUACCUGUCUCCAGUCACAAGGACGGUACGCGAAGGGUCAAAUGCAGAUAUAUUGUUCUGUUCUUUUUCCUCCUCCCUCCUUUUCGUUUUAAAUACUCCGAACCGAAAGAGCUCAGUCACUUCUCCGCCAAGGCUGAGGGAGAAGGCGUAAUUAUCGCCCACCGGCUCACGGCCAACGCGUGAUCCGGAUCCGACCGCUCUGAUGGCGCCGUGAUCUCCUUUAAGUGUGUCUUGUGUUGUAGCCUUCUCUGUCACCCUGCUUUAAAAUGGUUCCGAAAGGCAUCGGAUCGACCGCGGAGGAGGAGAUGGAAGCAGGCGGGGAAGAGUCGUACGAGGUGGUGGAGCAAAUCGGGAGAGGGGCUUUCGGCUCCGCCUUCCUCGUGGUCCACAAGACCGAGCGAAAGAGGUACGUGAUGAAGAGGAUCCGAUUGGCGAAGCAGACGGAGAAGUUCCAGCGCACCGCUUACCAGGAGAUGGCUCUGAUCGCGAGUUUGAGCAACCCUUACAUCGUAGAGUACAGAGAUGGGUGGGUGGAGAAGGGAAGCUCCGUAUGCAUUGUGACCGGUUACUGCGAAGGAGGAGACAUGGCUGACAGAAUAAAGAAAGCCAGAGGAAUCUUAUUCUCCGAAGAAAGGGUUAGCAAAUGGCUGACGCAGUUGCUUUUGGCUGUGGAUUACCUCCAUUCCAACCGUGUGCUCCAUCGUGAUCUCAAGUGCUCUAACGUGUUUCUCACAAGGGACGACGACGUUCGACUUGGUGACUUUGGACUCGCAAAAUUGCUUAAUGCACAAGAUCUUGCUUCUUCGGUUGUGGGCACUCCGAGCUACAUGUGCCCUGAGAUACUAGCUGACAUACCCUACGGAUACAAAUCGGAUAUUUGGUCACUCGGUUGUUGCAUGUUUGAGAUAGCAGCACAUCGUCCGGCCUUCAGAGCUCCCGAUAUGCAAGGAUUGAUUAAUAAAAUCAAUAGGUCAUCCAUCGCCCCGAUGCCUGCCAUAUACUCUUCUUCACUGAAGAGGUUGAUCAAAUGCAUGCUCAGAAAGAAUCCAGAACAUAGACCUACGGCUGCAGAAUUGCUGAGAGACCCCCAUUUGCAGCAGUAUCUUGCUGCAUCGUGGAAUCCUUCUCCUCUGUACCUUCCCAUAAAGUCAAACAACAACGGUGCACAAGAGAAACACGGAAGAAGGCGAAGCUACAGGGAGUUGCAUGGUGAAAAAGUCGACCAUGGGUGCACUGAGGCAGGAGAAGUUGCACCGACGGAACAAUUGGUAAGACAGAUCAAUGCGGGCCCAUCAAACGAUAUCCUGGCCUUGGACCUGAGUCAUGACGAGAUCAAGAGAAUCGAUCCUGGUAGCUCGAAGAUUUCACUAAGCCGCAUUGCCGCAGUCCACGUCGCAGAUGAGCGAGAGAAGCUAAGCGAACAAAACCUCGUUAAGAUGGCUGCCGCGGCUGAUACGCUUAUAAAGAACGAAGAACCCGAGUUAGAAAUGGAGGCCGCUGAGCCAUUCGUGGGAUCAAAAGCGAUGAAGUCUAAUACUGAGUCCGUACACCGCGAACCAUCAGCGAGCAGCAGCAACAAGGAGGAGGGGCCAAAGAGAGCUGUCAGCAUUCCUCUCUCUCAAAGAGCCAAAACCGAUGCCGACGACGUGGUCGGCGUUGCCGAAGAAACCUCAUCGGUCAGCACCAUCACGCUGCCCCAUGCGGAUAACGCACAGGCGGAGUGGGAGAGCUUGAAUACAAUUCAGCAGAGAGCUAAUGCUCUGGAGUCUCUGCUUGAGCUAUGUGCGCAGCUGCUACAACAGGAGAGGCUAGAGGAGCUGGCUGGUGUGCUCAGACCGUUUGGGGAAGAAGCAGUGUCAUCCAGAGAGACAGCAAUCUGGUUGACCAAGAGCCUCAUGUCGGUGCCCAAACUUGGAUCGGAUCCCAGAAUCCAUUAGCGCCGCUACUUAUGCUUGGAUGAUCGCCCAGCUGCUGAGCUUUUUCGGAGGAAUCAAUAAGAUUCUUUUUAUUUA